ACUAACUAGGUCAUCAUUGUGACUGGCGUCGUCAUAAGCAUACGUUACCAUGUCUUUCUCUGUAUUAGCUGUUUGCUUGUUCGUUGUGGCUUCAACUGUUGUGUUAGCAGCACCACCUAGUGUAACACCUGAAGUUUGCGAAUCAAGAGAAAACGAGGUUUAUUACAAAUGUCAGCUGGAAGCUUGUUAUACCACCUGCCAGCAUUUGAAGACUCCUCCGCCAUGCCCUAGCAUCGCAGCUGGCUGCUUCCAACCGGCCUGUAUCUGUAAGGGAGGCUUUUUAAGGAAUGCUGAAGGAAAAUGUGUACCAGAAGAUCAAUGUCAUUGAUUAUAUAUAACUCUUCACUCGGAUCAUAAAAAUAUUGACAAAUUCGUGUUUUUCUUUGUAUCGUAAAUAUAUUUUCGUAUCAAA